AUGUUUUAAGGCAAGGCAGUCGAGACCGAGAGAUAUUUUUUUUGUUGUUUUUUGCUGAAAAGCUGACUGAUAAAAUGCCCAGUUUUGUUCUGUAUUCAAAUGAAUUGGAGAUCUAAUUUCGAGAAAAAUUUUUUAAUGUUAGUAUUGUAGACUAGGAGGAAUGACAAACAACCGUUUUUCAUUUAUAAUUGAACUCUAAAAUUUCCGUGACUAUGUUUCGUAGCAUUGUUGAAUAUUAUCCUGAACAUGGAGGCUAUAAAUGUGGAUAUUGUAAAAGCCCGGAUACAAAUUUUAGCCAUGGUAUGUGGGCUCAUACCCUCACUGUAGGUGACUACCAAGACCUCAUAGACCGUGGCUGGCGAAGAUCUGGACAGUAUUGUUACAAGCCCACUAUGGAUAUGACAUGUUGUCCUUUGUAUACAAUAAGGUGUCGAGUACUUGAGUUUAAAGCUACGAAAUCCCAAAAAAAGGUUUUGAAAAAAUUCAACAGAUAUUUAUCUGGUCAAACUGAUGAUGGGGUAGAAGGAAAUGGUGAGAGAAAAAUGUCUACAUGUAGCAGUGGUGGGGAUGCCGAGGAAGGGGGAGAAGGGAGGGAACAUUUUGUGGAAAGUCAUAAAGAACACCAGGACAUUGAUUUAAGUAAUAUAAAAAUGCUUACAGAGAAUGAAUCUGGAGAUGUAGCAAAAGGUGGAGCCUCAGUGUCUGAUGAUCUGAAUGCAUGCCCAAAAUUGAAACAAAAAGAAAGAAAGGAAAGUACCGGUCCUGACCCGACAAAAGGACCGUGCAAAAAAGCCAAGCAAAUGAGACGCGAGAGGAAGUUGGAAAAACUCAAAGAAAAAGGAAUUGACGUCACUACACUGAGUAGCAAAAACAAGGAAAAACAACUUGAGGACUUUAUCAAUGAACUGCCUGAUGAUUUUAAGCAAAAAUUAGAGGUAAAAUUAGUUAGAACGACACCGCCUAGCCCUGAAUGGCUGGCGUCCGCGAAGGAAACCCACGAGGUUUAUGUAAAAUAUCAAACUGUGAUACACAAUGAUAAACCAGACAAAUGUACAAGGUCUAAAUUCCACAGCUUCUUAGUCAAAAGUCCUUUAUUGGAGGAGCACUCAGAGGGUGGUCCCCCAUGCGGCUACGGGUCGUUCCACCAGCAGUACUGGCUGGGCGGGCGGCUGCUGGCCGUCGGCGUCGUCGACAUACUGCCCAAGUGUGUCUCCUCUGUCUACUUCUUCUAUGACCCCGAUUACAUGAACCUCACGCCUGGCACCUAUGGAGCACUUAGAGAAAUAGAAUUCACAAGAAAAUUGCACUCUGUGGCGCCACAGCUGAAAUAUUACUACAUGGGAUAUUAUAUUCAUUCCUGUCGCAAAAUGAGGUACAAGGGUAACUUCUACCCUUCAGACCUGCUCUGCCCCGAAACCUACGACUGGUUUCCUUUGAAGGACUGCAUACCAAAGUUGGAGGCUUCGCCAUAUUCUAGACUAAAUCCAGAUAUAGAUAGUAUCGAUACAAAUCACCCCACCGAUAGUGAUUUAAACUACAUACCAAUUUUAGUCGAUGGUAAUGUUAUGCUGUAUGAAGCGUUUCGACGGAAAAAUAAGAAGAACGACGAUAAGAGCGAAGUUAUGGAGUACGUAGGGUUUGUCGGCUCUAAAACUGCUAAAUCUAUGAUUUUAGUUAGAUGAAUUUAUUUAUAGAAUGAUUCAUCAUUAGUGAUUUGUUAUUGGAUUAUGUUUUUGUGAGUUUUUAAGGUUUCAGAGAUUUUAAGGCUUUUGUAGUCUGAAUCGAUUAAAUAUACUUACUAAAUAAUAUCCAAUGAUAAAUGGCGUACACAUAGUAUUUUUAAAUUCUAUUUUCAUUUCGUUCUAAAGAUACAAUACAAGUUACAUAAUCAGCAUUAAACAUUCAGUAAUUUUCUAUUUGUAAUUCGCUUCUUAAGAUUUUAUUAACACACCGAUUAGCAUUAAAGGAAAAGUUAUUAACAAUAUCUAAAACUCACGUGUGCAGAUUCGAUACAGCGUGCUUUAAGUUGGCCGAAUCUAAUCGAUUUUUUGUUAUUGAACACUCGUGUGAAAUUCCGCGUAGAUUAUCAUUUCAUAUCUCGCUGUGCAUUUAUCUAACAGUUGCUAGUAUGUUUUUUGUCACAACCUACCUUCUAUAAAAGAACAUACAUUAAUCUAGUGCCUAUUUCGAAUUUAGGAAGGGCUCUCGCUCAUCUUUGCAUGUUGUCAAUUGCGUUCGGGGCUGUGACGCCGUGAAACCCGGAGUCAGCAUAAGUAAUAACCUUAAAACUGUGAAGGUUGUGAGUGCUUUGAAGAUUUUACAACCGGUCGCCUGUCUGACGUAAACCCUCCUUGGGAAUCGUCAUUGUUGCUUAUCAUCUGCCUAGGCUAUGUGCCCCUUAGUCGCCUUGCACGACAUCCACGGGAGGAUAUUGAAUGGUUCGAUACUAGGGCAGAACCACACCCCACAUUUUAACAAUAUUAAAAUCCGAUCUAGCUACAGUUGCGUAGCCGAAAUGUUAAAUAAUACAAUGUUUUGAUGAAACUUGGUUCUAAGAUAAGUGUGGUUAAACUGGAAGCGUCCACAUUACACUCUAUUAUACUACAUCUGAAAAUAUAGUCACAAUUCGCUAUUAUGAUUCCUUUUAACGCCAUUUUCCGUUUUACGUCACUACGUACUUAUUGCAGUAAAGGUCGACCGGUCGUGCGUACUGAAAAGUAUAAUUGCGGUUUUAUACAUAUGUGUAAUUAUAACUUGCAUGAUGUAUAAAAUAAAAAUAUUGUUUUUGUUAUCAUGCCGAUGUGUCCGUUAUUUAGAAUAAAACGAGAACUGGUUCAGUAUUUUUUGGAAAAUUGUUUCUGAUACAUUCAUGAAUUCUAUCAUCUGAUUGCUUUUGCUGUGAUUGCAUAAUUAUUAGUACAUGGCAAAUAAAACAUGUAUCCAAUAUGGAGCUGUAUAUGAAGCGCAAAUACUAGGGGUUGGCGAUAUAAAAUGAAAUCACAUCUUAAGACGCCAUUUUUCACUUAUAAAAUGCAAUGUUCCAUAUCAUUGCUAUCUCUAUAAUAUUAAGUAACAUGAAAGAGAUAGCAAUUAUAUUGGACAAUUAAUUUGAUAAAUGGAAUGAGGCCCUCAUAUUUCGUUAUAUGCCAUGUUUUUCGAGCUUCAUCCAUAUAAUGUUAAGCCUGUACUGUCCUGUUAAUACAAAAGUAUAGAUUUUAUUUCAUUAAACCAUAUAUAUGCAACGUACACUACGUACCCAUAUUACAUUCAUUAUAUUAUAUGAUGAAAUUAGAUUUGUUAUUGUAUUUAAUUCACUCUGUUGAUGCUUUGUUUUCUUCCUUUAAAUAAAUUCAUACAAUUACAUAAAUACAUUCAAUAAAUUUACAUAUAGUCAUGCUAUGUUUAUUUCCUUUAUGUGUUAUUUUUAUUUAAGUAUGGUGUGAACUCCAUGAAAAAUACUAUUGUUCAGUUUAUCUUGAAAUAUAAUAAGUAUUAUAUGUUAUUAAAAGCGUGCUUUAAUUUAAA